AUGGGCGACUCCCAGGCGUUCAGGCUGAUGCGCGCCAUGCUGCUCGUGCUCAGCAAGGUGCCAGGUAUCACCUGCACCAUGACGGCUGACGAGGCCCACUUGAGGACCGCAUACUACAAUGUGUCGGACACCGUGGCGGGGGGAUUGUCCUGCAGCGGCUGCGACAGCUUCCGCGCCACAUGCAAAGGAGCGAACAACAGCGUCGAGAUUGAAUACCUGCGGCUCGAGUACACGCUCGACUUCGAACUGUCAACGGCGGCGCGCAUGCACUUUGCUGGCAAGUGCAAUCACAGCCAGCUGCCCCCCUGCAAGUGGUUUUGGAACACCCAGCAGUUCUUGUUUGAGGGCUACCUCAGGCAGCGGCAGCCGCCGCCCGAUCACAUCCACAUUUUUCAAAACAUGCACGACUGCGCGCGCCGCUCGCUGGUCGACCACCGCCGGGACCUGUCAUGGUUUGUUAACCUUCUCAAUGCGACGCUGCUGCCCGGCACCACUGUCCACUUUUGGGAGGCCCCCCACCCCAACGGCGCGAAGCAGUCCGAGGCGUGGCGGAACGUCACCUCGCCGACGUGCAUGCGUGGGAUGAACGAUGCUGUGAAGCAAGCCAUCAUACCCUUUGUGGAGCGGACGGCCUUGGCGCCAAAUGCGUCUGCGAAGUCAGGCCACGCCGCUUGGUACGGGGCGUUUGACCUGUUCUCGCCCACUGGGGCGCGGCUUGAUUUGAACGUCGAUGGCGUGCACAUGCGGCCCGACUGGUACGAGACCCUCGCACACGCGCUGAUCGCCGGAACGUGCAGCCUUGGCUAG